CUUUUCUUCUAAGUCCCAGCCAAAACAGCAACACAGCAACGAGCAACACACUCACUCAUCGGAUCAUUGGAUCCUUCUAUUCGAAGACAUCCCCUUGCUCGACUCAACUCAACCAUAGCAACAGCAUUGAGUACGUAGUAUUACCGUUCGGUAGUAGUAGUAUUGUAUAAGAAGACAACGAUGAAAUACACGUCGUUCCAGGAGAGUCGGUUCCAAAGUCAAGUGGACAAUGCGUUGAUUUCGGUCAAGCGGAUUUUGGAUACGACCCGGAAUCCUCGAUUGGCCGGCAAUAAUAAUGGUCAAGACCAUUCGUACGAGGACAAGUACGCGCUGGCCGCAUGGAUGACCAACACGGCACUGGUGGCUACCGUGAAUGUCUUUGAAUUAUUGGGCAUGACGAGCGAUCACUUGUCGACCAUGAACGAGUGGAAGAACGCCAACAAGAGCGUCACGCUGCGCUUUGAAGCCAUUCAAACGUGUAAAUUCAUGCAAGAGCGAGAAGUCCCCUUUGUCGCUGGUUCUACUUCCACUGUAAUAGAAGUGGAAAAACAAUCGAGUGGUCGCUUUUUUGGCAAAUCGUCCUCCGAGAAAUCGAGUACGAAAAGCAAAGUGACGACCAUGAUCAAAGAGUACCAUUGGAAAGUAAGAAUCAACUACAAACUGAUUGCCUUUGCCGGCGCCAGUCCCGACGAUGGAGCCGGAUUGGUCACUUGGCAAAGUCGGGAUGCUUCUACCAUUCUCGUCAUUAAAGGCACCGAAAAAGUUCCCUUUUUGAACGUUUUUAAACAUCCACCCAUUGAUGUCGAUUUGACCUGGUUGCUCUCGCAAAUCAUGAUUCACAAACAACAACAUGUACCACAACAACAAACAGCACAAUUCCGAAUUGAUCGCAAUGAUCCACACGUCUGCAAAACACCCCGUCGCAAUCCACACGUGGAUCAAGCCGUAGAAGCAUUCCAAGAUAUUUGCCAUUUUGCACAAAAAUUACGACAAUUUCUACUCAUCAAGGUCGAACGCGAAAUUCUGUCGAGACAUUCUCCCGUCAAUGACUCAACAACUGACAGAACUGCUGCCAAUAGUAAAUUGACUUCCAUUCAUACCCGCAAUCUAUACAAUCCCAUUUUGCCACUCAUGGAGUCCAAAAAUAACGCAAACAACAGCACUGCGAUUCCUCGUCGCAGCAGCCACCCACCCGUCAAGAGUUCUUCCCUUGUAACACUCACGACUACGAAUGACACCAACAACAACGAUACCACCAAUACACCCCUCUUGUCCUUGACGGACAUGGAAAAAUUUCUCGGAGAACAAUUGCGGACCGUCCAAGAAGCCAUUCUCGGAUUGGCCAACACAUUUCUUCCCAAAGGAAAUGGAGAACAUCUCAUUUCCACGGCCGAAGCCACACUCGUACUCUUGGCGUCCCAUUUGGAACAAUUGGCAUUUCAAUACGAAGAUUGUAUGCGUUACAUGGAGCAUAUGCUCCAACAACAAUUGAUUUUUGCCAUUGGAAAACACGUGCACGCACCCGAUUUUGAUGAUUUUAUGAAGUUUUAUUAUCAGCACAAGUUGUACGCGCCCCAAUAUGCUCCCACUCCCUUUUGUGUGGCCAUUCGACGACCGGGAUAUUACCCCGAUGGUAUUCUCAGUAUUGAGUACAACAACAACAAUAGCGAUCAACAACAACCCAUUGAUACCUUUUGUCGGCGUAUUACUCCCACAUGCCCCAUGCAAGUUCCACUCACGGCGGCCACUACCGUGUCUCUCAAUGGCGACUGUUUUUUGCACGGAUGGAUGCAACAUCGAUUCCAAAACAAUGGAACUCCCGGCAACAACAGCAAUAAAUGUUAUCAAUUGGCAGCACGAGCACGACAAUUCUCCUGUUUCAUGGUCAUUGUUGGUACCAUUGCCGGGCCCAACAAGUUUUCACCACAAUCCGCCAUACUCUUGCAAAACAAGGACGAAGUACUGAUACCUCUGCUCCUGGAAGAAUUGCCCACCGCAAAAGAAUUCCAAGAUGCCAUUUCCUCCUUGUCGCCGGAACAACAACAAUUUGCCAAGGCAUUUCGCGAAAUGCAAUUGGAAUCGAGUGUCUUUGGUGUGGCCGUGAUACAACUCAAACCGCAACUCGAAGAUUUGUUGGGAUUGCCACCGGGAUCACUCACCAAGGAAAUGCAAUUGACCCAGGAUUUACUGUCGCUCUUUAUCGAAUACCAAAUCCCGUCCGAUUUGUUGUCGUACGAUGGACCGCCGGAAGAACCGGAUCGAUCCAAAAAGAUUGCGCUCGUACAACAAUACACCAAAUCGGUGCUCAAUGUCGUGCAGGGAGAAAAGGACAAGCAAUUGGCAUUGGAGAAACAAAAGGCGCACAUGGCGCUGGAACAAUACGCACAAGGGAAUCCUUCCGUGUUGUUUGACGAAGCAUUGUCGGCAGUGUCGGAAGAAGCCAGUUUGGCAAGUUCCAUCCCCACCACCAUUAUGGAACCCGUUGUCUACAACAAAAAGAAGCUCAAGAAAGACGCGCGAUCCGUGUAUUCCAGCCCAGCGGCUCUGGCAAGUCAACAUUGUGAGGCACAUUCUUUCGUUGGGGCGUAUAGCGUGUCCGCCCCCUUUGAUGCGUCCAGCAUGCCGGGAUGCACAGCCAGUGGCGGUGGAGGCUUGAGCCAGAUGGAGCAAGACCUUUUGGCAAAGCAACGAGGAGCUGGGCCUAGGACUAUGGGUCUUGCCCCGCCAGGAGCCAUGGCUGUAAGUGGCUCAAGCAUGCACAGUACAGUCAGCAACAGUGCCGCGGACGAGCUACCACCAGGCCCAAAUUUUGAUGGUCCUUCUGGACCCGGCGGUCCUUCAGGUGCUGCCCUCAAGUCACCGUCGACACAACCACAACAACCAUUACUGUCUCCCCAGGACGGAAAUGCCGAAGCAAGCGACGACGAGGAAGGCACGUUGGACUUUACCAAAAUCCCCAAGCAAUUGGAUGCCAAGUUUGAGGUCCACGACAAGGACAAUUCAUUACGAGCGACCAUCAUCAAAGCUUCCGAUGCGUGGCAGCGAAAACGUCAGGAAAACUUGCUGGUUAAAGUUGGAGAACUACAAUCCAUGUAUCCGGACGAAAUCAAAUCCGAAAAGGACAAGGCGUUUGACCUUCUGGAUGCUCUGACACGGAGCGGAUCGUUGCCACUGUCCUAUUCCGAGCUCCACGUCAUUGUGGCCGUUACGCACUGUUUUGAGAACGAUGUGAUGGGGGCUGUCAUUGAAGACAACAUCAAUCCAAUUGCCAAAGUGGAAAAGUCAUCGCUCAUGAUUGCUUCGACAGUGCAUGGUGUGCCAUCCCCUGGUGUAUUGCUCCGCAAUACCGAGCAUGUGGGCAGACUGCAACAAGCUUUCCCAGCUUUAUUUGAUGGAGAAUCAUAGUUAGAGUGUGGGGUUUGUCUCUGGGCAAUAGUGAUGCACCACAACUGGUCGCGAGGGAAGGAAACCUAGCAAGUACGAAGGUGCAUCAUUCAAAAUCUAGACUUCUCUUCAUCGUCCCUGUCUGGUACCGGCCUCAGCUGUUAUUUGUACGAUCAUUGCAUAGCGUGAUGCAACGGCCUGAAGUCUUGUGUCCUCUUCUCUGAUCGAAUGCUCGUCGAUUCCCUUUUCGGAAUUUCCAAGUCUCCUAGCUGAUUGAUCGCAACGCUACAAAGCUGACGCAUGCGCUGGCUGUGUGCCUGUGGCUUAGUUCAUUAAUCUAUUUCAAAUAGGUCUUCUCCAAUUUUUGCUAAACAAAGAGGUGGGGCGGGCGAGCUGGUCGGUAGCCCUACAUGAUUAUGACUCCUUAUGCCUCACCCUGCGAUUGGAAAUUCUAGACUCCUUCAUAAUCUCCAGGUCCUCGGGACAGAGAAAGCCUUCGUAAUCAGCUGCCGUUGUCCGCUUGUUUCCGUUUCCUCUUUUGGCACCUUCCACCUCUUGGCGUAGCAACUUGAUGAGUUCGUGAACCUCUGCCUUGUCGUCAGGAACGCUGAUUUCCAACUUUUUAAUCCUCUCGAGGUAGUCGGGGAUAUCGCGUCCAGGCCAGCCGAAUCCAGAAAUCAUUGUGUCUCCGAACCGAACCAUGAGGUUGGACACUUUGUUUCUUUCGACCUCCUCCAAGCACGUAGCGGAGGAGGAUGCCUCAAGGAGCUUGGAUUCCACCUUACUGAACAGUUCACGAGCUUCUCUUGCAACAAACUCAUACGUUGGCUGAAUGAGAGAAAGAUCCCGCACACUUAGACCAUUCGAGAACGCCCAAGAGUUGAUUUGAGGCGAAAGCUCUUCAUCCUCGACCAUUCGAGCAAUCGAAUCGUACUUGUGAGAGGAUGCAAUCGUGUCAGCGAGGGCUUUCGCACCGCUCUGUUGCAUUAGAUGUGCCACAGCACAUGGAGUACCCGCACUGUCCACAAAGCAGGGAUGGCGUUGGUUGGGCGCAGCGUCGUUCUCGUUGAGAGGAAAUUCCCCCCUGGCGAUGUAUGCCUCCAGGGUGGCUAGGAGCUUCUUGCGAGCGUCUUGGUCUUGGGUCGUCUUUGCCUGGAGCUGCCCGAGCGCAUAGGAAACAUGGCAACGGAUCUUGUCAAUCUCGGCCAUGGUGUCCGGGCGAACACCGCCUAGAGCAAAUAGCGCUUUGUCGCCAAUCACAGGAUUCAUUAUCGCCAGGUUGAAAAGUUAUGAUCCUCGGUUGCUCGGUUCCCCAACAACAACGGGUUGAAAAAGAUCACUGCUGGACUCACGUCUGAAAGAUCCACCC